UGAUUUUCUCCAUGGGCUUUGGUGUGGGAGAGUGAGUGGUUUGUCCAUAUUUUUGAGCCUCUGUGUGUCUGGUGACUCAGCAGCAGGGGGCGCUCACAGCACAAUAAAUCACACGUCAUUGUCCGCGUCUUUUUAUCUCAUGUAUGACGACAUAUUCUCAGCAUCAGAACUUUUUCUUUCUACUGAAAAAUCAUUGAUUCCACGGUGAUGUCAUCGUCUCUGCCGACGGAUGACACCAUGAAUCACUGUGUCACUCUGUCACUGUGUCACUGCAGCAGUUGCACUGUAACGUGACUCCUGCUGAAGAAGCCUCGCGCCGUCUAUUCUGAGCUCUUUUGUUUGUGCUGACGGACGCGGUGGAUAUGUGGAAGGUCAAACCUCCUGUUUUUUUUCCUCUGGAGACGAAAUACAGAGCAAUUCUAGAGAGUCUGGUUCCUCCUGAUCCGAUGGAUCAGUUCCACCUGAACAGAGGUUCUGUGGAGGCGGAGUUUCCUGACCUGUGCAGGAACUUCACCAGGAUGGGGCAGAUCCUCACGCUGGACUUUUACCGUCGACAGUUUUACCGCUGCACGCAGAGCGGCGUUGUCUUCGAUGACAUCAUCCGCCCCGGCCUGGAGGAACCAGGUGAGUGGGCGGGGCCCGUGUCAGUCGGAUGUGUUGCAGGCGACGCCCAGUCCUAUGUUCUGUUCUGCGAUUUCUUCGACCGCGUCAUUGAGGCGCAUCACAAACACAAGGUCACAAGAUCAACGCCAGAGAGCGACUUCAACUAUGAUAACCUGAAGGGCGGCGAUGAUUUGGACAGAUCGUACGCCGUGCGCUGUGAGGUGAGCGUCGUUCGCGGUGUGGACGACUUCUGCUUUCCGACGCACUGCUGCCGAGGGGAGCGCAGACAGCUCCUCACCCUGGCCAGGAGAGUUUUUCAGUGGUUUGAGGAGGCGGUGCUUCCAGGUCGACUCUUCUUAUUGGAGGAGCUGAACAAUGAUCAGCAGAGAGAACUGAAUCUGAGUCCUCCAUCGUCUCUGCAGCUACGCACCGGCGUCACCCGCGACUGGCCUGAUGCUCGAGCUGUGUGGCUGAGUAAAGAUGGCCGCCUGGUGGUGUGGCUCAACAUGGACGACCACGUCAGACUGGUGACCACACGUGACGACGCUGACGUCGCAGAAGCUUUUAAAUGCGUCUGCAUCAACCUGCAGAAGUUGGCGGUGAAGUACGGCGAGCUCAAACACCCGUUCACCUGGAAGCAGCAGCUUGGAUGGGUGUCUAGCUCACCAGCCGACGUGGGGACGGGUCUGAGGGUCAGCGUCCACCUCAGACUGAAGCUCCUCCCACAACACACACGCCUGCAGGACGUUCUGAAGAGACUGCGACUCCACAUGGACAGAACAGAAUCCUCAGAGGUUUAUGUCCUGAGCAACGCGGCGACCUUUGGCCCGAGCGAGGUGGAGCUGACGCAGCUGGUGGUGGACGGCGUCAAACUUCUCAUCGCCAUGGAGAAGAGGCUGGAGGAGGUCAGAGACAUCGAGGAGCUCGUACCUGCACAGAAGUAGAUCUGGACUGACCAAUGAGAGGGGGGGGCGUGUUAAUGACAUCAUCAUACAACAGACACUGAGACCUGUGGAUCAUUUUAAAUCAUGUUUUUUGAUGUUUUCAUUUUUAUCUGAUGUCAUGAAAAGUAAA